AUGUUUAAAAAGGUGUACAAAUUUAAUCUAGCUAAUAGUGUUAGAUUAUCUGAACCAAAACUAUUCUACACAUUACCUAUAAAUUUUUCCCAUAAUUAUUCAACAAAAUCAACAGUUAUUCAAUUAUUAAAUAAUAUUGGAUCAAAAAGAGAAGUUGAACAAUAUUUAAAAUAUUUCACAUCUGUAUCUCAACAACAAUUUGCUGUGAUUAAAGUUGGUGGAGCUAUUAUAACUCAACAAUUGAAUGAAUUAGCAUCAUGUUUAGCAUUUUUAUACCAUGUUGGUUUAUAUCCAAUAGUUUUACACGGUACGGGGCCACAAAUAAAUGAAUUAUUAGAAAAUGAAGGUGUUGAACCGGAAUAUGAAGAUGGUAUUAGAAUAACAAAUCCAAAAACAAUGGAAGUUGUACGUAAAUGUUUCUUGGAACAAAAUUUAACUUUGGUGACUGCCUUAGAAAAAAUUGGUGUUCAUGCUAGACCUAUAACUGGUGGUGUUUUCGAAGCAAAUUAUUUAGAUAAAGAUAAAUAUCAAUUAGUUGGUAAAAUCACUGGUGUUAAUAAAAAUCCCAUUGAAGCAGCUAUAAAUUCUGGAUAUUUACCAAUUUUAACUUCAUUAGCAGAAACUUCAAGUGGUCAGUUAUUAAAUGUUAAUGCGGAUGUAGCUGCUGGUGAAUUAGCAAGAGAAUUUGAACCUUUAAAAAUUGUUUAUCUUAAUGAAAAAGGUGGUAUCAUAAAUGGUUCAACUGGUGAAAAAAUUUCAACAAUUAAUUUAGAUGAAGAAUUUGAUGAUUUAAUGAAGGAAAGUUGGGUUAAAUAUGGUACCAAAUUAAAAAUUAAAGAAAUUAAUGAUUUAUUACAACAUUUACCAAGAUCUUCCUCAGUUGCAAUUAUAGAUGUUAAUGAUUUACAAAAAGAAUUAUUUACUGAUUCUGGUGCUGGUACAUUAAUUAGAAGAGGUUAUAAAUUAGUUAAUAGAAAUUCUUUAAGUGAAUUUGGUAAUCCUGAUUUAUUAAGAAAUGCUUUGUUGAGAGAUCCAGAAAUUAAACUGGGUAAAUUAUCGGUUGCAUCAUAUUUAAAAUUUUUAGAAGGUAUAAAUUUUAAAAGUUAUGGUGAUGAACCAUUGGAAGUAUUAUCAAUUGUUUUAGAAAAUGGUAAAUUUCCAAAAUUAGACAAAUUUUUAUCAUCAAAAACUGGUUGGUUAAAUAAUGUAACUGAUAAUAUUUUCAAUUCAAUAAAGAAAGAUUUUGAUGAAUUAUUUUGGAUUGUAAAUGAAAAUGACUCCAAUCUUGCUUGGUAUUUUUCAAAAUCAGAUGGUUCAUUUGCUAAAAAUGGUCAAAUUUUAUUUUGGUAUGGUUUAAAUACAAAUGAAGUUAGUGAAUUAAUUAAAGAUUUCGAUACUUCAUCAAUUGGUUCAGCUUUAGCUUCAAAUGUUUUCACCAAUGGUCAACAAAAAAGAGGAUAUCAUAAACGUGCAUAUUCAACUAAAAAAGUUGCAUUAAUUGGAGCAAGAGGUUAUACUGGACAAAAUUUAAUUAAAUUAAUUGAUAAUCAUCCAUAUUUAGAAAUUAGUCAUGUUUCAAGUAGAGAAUUAGAAGGUCAAAAAUUACAAGGUUAUAAUAAAGAUAAUAUAGUUUAUUCAAAUUUACAACCUGAAGAUAUUAAAAAAUUGGAACAAGAUAAAAAAGUUGAUGUUUGGGUAAUGGCAUUACCAAAUGGAGUUUGCAAACCAUUCGUUGAUGUAAUUGAUGCAGUUGGUAAUCCAGAUUCGAAAAUUAUUGAUUUAUCAGCAGAUUAUAGAUUUGAUACUUCUGGUGAAUGGGUUUAUGGAUUACCUGAAUUAAAUGAUAGAUCAAAAAUAGCCAAUGCUAAAAAAAUUUCAAAUCCUGGUUGUUAUGCAACUGCAGCACAAAUUGCAAUUGCUCCAUUAAAGAAAUAUAUUGAUGGUAUACCUAAUAUUUUUGGAGUUUCUGGUUAUUCAGGUGCUGGUACAAAACCAAGUUCUAAGAAUAAUGUUGAAUUAUUACAAAAUAAUUUAAUACCAUAUUCAUUAACUGAUCAUGUACAUGAAAAAGAAAUUAGUUCACAAUUAAAUUUACCAGUUGCUUUUACACCUCAUGUUGCACAAUGGUUUCAAGGUAUCUCACAUACUAUAAAUAUUCCAAUUAAAAGAGAAAGUUUAACAUCAAGAGAAAUUAGAAAUAUAUAUCAAGAUAGAUAUCAUGAUGAAAAAUUAAUUACUAUAAAUGGUGAUGUUCCUUUAGUUAAAGAUAUUUCAAAUAAACAUGGGGUUAUAGUUGGUGGAUUUGCAGUAAACUCAAAUCAGGAUAGAGUUGUAAUUGUUGCAACUAUAGACAAUUUAUUAAAAGGUGCAGCUUCUCAAUGUUUGCAAAAUAUUAAUUUAUCACAAGGUUUUAAUGAAUAUGAAGGUAUUCCUCUUUAG